ACAGUCAGCCGGCUUAACUCGUGGAGUUUUAAAAAGGAUAUACAUCAUGGAAGAAAUAGGCAUAAGCAUAACUCUGGACUAUGACUACAACAGUUCUGAGUCCGGAUCGGGAGAUCUCAUUGAGUAUGCCCUGGAGGAACCCUGUGAGCCUGUCCUCAGCGGAGAGUUCCAGAAAAUCUUCCUCCCGACGGUGUACGGAAUAAUCUUUGUUUUGGGUGUCGUGGGGAACGGACUGGUGGUGGUGGUGAUGGGCUACCAGAAAAAAACGAGAACCAUGACGGACAAGUACAGGCUGCACCUGUCCGUGGCUGACCUGCUGUUCGUCCUCACGCUGCCGUUCUGGGCGGUGGAUGCAGUCAGCAGCUGGUACUUUGGCGGGUUUCUCUGCGUCGCGGUACACAUGAUCUACACCGUGAACCUGUACAGCAGCGUGCUGAUUCUAGCGUUCAUCAGCUUGGACAGGUACCUCGCCAUCGUGCACGCCACCAACAGUCAGGCUCCGCGAAGGCUGCUGGCGGAGAGAGUGAUCUACGUGGGCGUGUGGCUGCCUGCCGCUCUCCUCACUGUUCCCGAUCUGGUGUUCGCUACGACGCAGGACACGGGUUCCCGCACUAUCUGCGAGCGCAUCUUCCCGCAGGCGUCCAGCGACAUCUGGAAGGCGGUGUUCCGCUUCCAGCACAUCUUCGUGGGGUUCGUCAUCCCGGGCCUGAUCAUCCUCACCUGCUACUGCAUCAUCAUCAGCAAGCUGUCGCAGGGCUCCAAGGGCCAGCUGAAGCGCAAGGCCCUGAAGACCACGGUGAUCCUCAUCCUCUGCUUCUUCAGUUGCUGGCUGCCCUACUGCUGUGGCAUCUUCGUGGACACCCUGCUGAUGCUCAACGUCAUCCCUUACAAGUGCAGCCUGCAGCAGAGUCUGGCCACAUGGAUCCUCGUCACCGAAGCGCUGGCCUACUUCCACUGCUGCCUCAACCCCAUCCUCUACGCCUUCCUGGGGGUGAAGUUCAAGAAGUCCGCCCGCAGCGCCUUCACCGCCAGCCAGGGGUCCAGCCUGAAGAUGCUGGCCAAGAAGAGAGUUGGGCUCUCGUCCGUUUCAACAGAGUCGGAGUCUUCGAGUUUCCAUUCAAGCUAACGGACUUUGCCUAUAUGUCAGCAACUCUUUUUGGACUGAAGCUAUACUUGGAAACAAGGGACAGAAUGCAUGUACAUAGUUUGUAAAUUUGUUUAAAACUUUUAAGAUUUUUCUAUUGUCAUAUCUGUUUAAUUUAAGCUUUCUAUCCAUUUACUGAUGUAAAGAUGAAUCUUCAGGCAGAGCCUGCUGGCCAUGGAUUGGUUGUUUCUUUUUAAAGGUCAUUUUCAUAGUCUGGAAUAACAAGUCCUGCAGACAAAAUCAGGAUCAUGAACAACAAAACAAGCCAAAGUCUGCAAGCAUGGAUCAGGAGUGCAAAACUUUAAAGCUGUGUAGAUUACUGUCUACUAUUGAUAUAAAAAUUAUGCAGCGUGCAUAGAAUGAGCUGUUUUCCAAGCUUUGUGUUAGCACUUAAGUCUGAAUUACCACUGAGAAGCUGCUAUGUGUUAACUGUAGUUUGAAACGUGAAUGUUUGCUGGAAGCCUUCCUGAGGAGUUUAAUAAUGUCUGGAUCAUUUUCAAAAUUUCUGCAUUUACUGCCAAAAUGUUAAUAAUAAAAACUUGUGA